AUGGCAACUCUGUCUAUCGGGGGUAACGAUAUCGACUUCAAAGGCAUCCUCUUCAAUUGUAUCAUCGAAUCUACCCAGUUUGGCUUCACGCCUACGAAACCGUGCGACCAACAAAGACAGGAAACUCACGCUCUGAUUGACAGCCCUGAACUAGUUAACAAUAUUGAUCAUCUCAUCAAGGAAAUUGUCACAAAGGGCAGAUCAGGUACUAUUGGAGACGCCUUCAGGUUAUACGUUACCGGCUUUCCAGAAUUCUUUAACGAGGACGAUCCAGGGUGUGACACAGUCACAUUCUCGCGGACUGCAAAUCCAGUAUCAGAUGGCAAAGAACACAUUAUGAUGACCACAGACCUUCGAAAGGACUAUAAUUCAAUGAGCCGCGCGCUCAACGCAGCGAUUCAAAGUGCUGUAGCUUUGAAUGCAGAUUCAAAUGUCAAAUUCAUUGAUAUCCAGGCUAAUGGCCUUUUGGAUGGUCAUCGAUUCUGCGAGCCUGGUAUCAAAGAACCAGACCAAAAGAAUGAGAAUCUUUGGCUAUUUCACUAUCCGUAUAACCAAAAUGAGGACCAAGAUCCUUCUCCCGAACUACAAAUCAUGAUAAACGCCACCAAUCAAAUAACCGACGGGCUAGACAUAUCAGCACUGGGUGCUAGGUUUCCAAACAUUUCAGCUUUUGAAGAUGCACUUUGGGAUGCUGUUAAUGUUACCGAAGUGGCUGCAGUAAGUAGUGAUCCAGUAAAUGACAAGUGGUAUGAUCUCUGGAGAGAUACCGUUGGUUGGCGUGCAAAGCUUUUCCAUCCUCAAGUUCCCUACCAUUCUGCAAUUCGAGAGCUGGUCCUCAAUCAGUUUCUUGAAGAUACCCGACCUGCGACCAAAGGUAACGGCACCUGUGUACCUGUUGGUGGUACUUUUGACCCCCAGAUGCUACGUAUACUUCCUCUUGGUGGCUCUAUCACUUGGGGUCAGCAGUCUCCCUCCGGUAACGGUUACAGAAAAUACCUUCGUGAUAAACUUAUUUCCAAUGGUGCCAAUGUGAAUAUGGUUGGUACAAUACAGCACGGGACUAUGGGAGACAAUGACAAUGAAGGCUGGCCUGGCUUCCGCGUUGAUCAGAUUAGUGAUAGAGCUAAUAAUGACCUCUCCAUGCUUCCCAAUCUUGUCCUCAUCAACGCUGGCACAAAUGAUGUGGCACAGGACUAUGAAAUCAACAGUAUUGAUCAGACUAUGGAAGACCUGGUUAAUAAGCUUCUAGACAACAUACCCGGCACGGUUAUUAUAGUCUCAACUCUAUUAGUCAAUCGCAAUGCGACCAAGCAGGCUCUUACUGAGCAAGUAAACCCGAAAUACGUCAAUUUGGUCGAAAAGCUAGCGGCUCAGGGCAAGUUAGUUUAUCUUGCUGAUAUGUCUAGUAUCACAACUGAGAUGAUCAACGCUCGUGACGGAACUCAUCCAACUGACUUAGCCGUGCCAGGACUGAACGAUACUAAUACUUUGGGUACGAGCACAACGUGCGAAGUGAAUGCGGCAAAUUUUCCCAGUCCAGUGCAGAUUCUAAAGGGAUCAGGAGUUAAUGAUAGCAACUAUCAUCAUAUAGGGCAUCCCUAUGGUCUUCUGGAUAUACAUCCCCUCCCUUACAAUGGCGUGAGCUUCAAGGUUGAAAAUGCUAUGUGGGCAGAUCUUAAUGGCGAUGGCAUUGACGACUUCGUUUACGUAUUGUCUCCAGGUCAUUUUGGGAUAGCAUUAAAUGACGGGACAGGCAACAAAGGCUUCUCAAACUAUACUGAGUCCUAUUCUGACGCAGUAAUGGAUGAUUGCGAUACAGAAGGUUUUCAUUUCGGUGAUCUUGAUGGAGAUGGCCGUGAUGAUGUCCUUUGUCUGGCCUCUGAUGGGACACUCUCUGCAUAUAUAAACACCAAUAUCGGAGCUGACCUCUUUACGAAUCCUUUCUGGAUUAGUUUAGGGGUUAUACUUCCUGGACAAGGCUAUACACGUGAUAUGGUCAGAUUAGCAGAUAUAGAUGGCGAUGGCAGAAUUGACUACCUAGGUCUCGACGCUGAUGGCAAUGCUCACGGAUGGAGGAAUGUUGGGACAAGUCAGACAACGCCAAUCUGGGAGGAUAUGGGAGUUGUUAUGAGUGGAGGUACAAUGGGAGACAUAAAUGGAGUUCGGUUUGUUGACAUUAACGGAGACGGGAGAGCUGACUGGGCUUGGGUCAGUAACAGCGGUCAAAUAUAUACCUCAAUAAACCAGCGCGGUUCAGAUCUCAGUUACCGUCCUGUUUGGUUACCUGCCUUGCUCACGCAUGAUGGAACUGGACUAGGCGAACAAAUAGAAGAUAGGUCUCACGUGAAGCUGGGCAGAGUAACGAACAAAACUUUCACUAUAGAUACAGAUUUUCCAAAGUACGAUGCUCAAGGCGCAGAUUACACAACAGUUUACAAUACUGGACCAGCAUCAUCAGCGAAUGAUGACACAAACUUCUUUCCUGUGCGACUACUUGGUAAUUCGGGUUAUGGUGGAGCCAGAACUAAAGGGGACGGCGUACAUUACUGCGAUAUGCGGGGUUCAGGGACAGAUGAUUAUGUGUGGAUUGGUAAAACUGGCAAUUUGACGCUCUAUGCAAAUAACCAUAUGCUCCCAGCUUGGGGACAGUAUGGGCAUAUUUUGAUUGGAACAGAAUCCUUGAUGUCUGGUCAUGUUCGAAAGGACAUUCACCUGGCUGACCUUGACGGUGAUGGAAAAUGCGAUUUUCUUCUUGUUGAUAAAGAAUCAAACUCGAUUCAUAUGCUACGGAAUGACUACUCUAGAGAGACGGAUACAUUUUCUUUUACAGAUAUGGGGAUCGUUUCUGGCGGUGUUGACUGCCAUGAGCAUUAUGGAACUGGCUUAUUUGAUUUAUCUGUUCGAUUUGCAGAUCUUGAUGGUGAUGGCAAGGCAGACUUUCUAUGUAUAAGCCAGAACGGAACAGUAACUGGCUGGCUAAAUCAUGGACUCAACAACUUUCAAUCCGCCGGGCUUAUAAAGUCUAUUGAAGGAAAGGAGCGUGCCAACCUUCGCUUUGCGGAUAUUAAUGGAGAUGGACGCGCGGAUUUUCUUGCGCUAGACCCGGUCUCUGGAGCCGCAGAUGCUUGGAUUAAUGACGGAUUAGGUAGUGACGGUCCCGAGGAAUUUAGCUGGUUCAGCCAAGGGACAAUUUUCCCAGGAGGAGAUAUGAGAGGAGAAUGUAUUCAUUUUGCAAAUAUGAACGGCUAUGGUCGCGCUGAUUAUAUUUAUGUCGAGCCUGACACCGCACAUGGAUACGUCGUCUACAAUAUGUGUCUAUGA